AUGAAAAUUUCAGUCGAAGAUGAUCCACCCAGACCGACUCUGACUCCGCCCACACUGAAAGUGAAGGAGGGAACCUCAGUGAGUUUGACGUGCUCUGCUCCAGCUCCCUGUCUGUCUCUUCCUCCAAAUCUGACAUGGAGCCCCGGCCUGGGUGAAGAUCAGGAGACCCUGCAGGAGAAUCAGGACAAAACUAAAGUCAAGAUCUCUGUGCUGAACUUCAAAGCAUCACACCUCCAUCACGGACAGGAAAUCUCCUGUACUGCUGUCUACAGAAAACAAGAUGGCAGCACUGAGUCAUCUGUGAACAUCAGUUUAACAGCUGACAUUACAUAUGCUCCACAGAUCAUGUCCUCAUCUGAUUGCACCAAAACUGCAAACCAGGUCAACUGUUCCUGUGAGUCUACGGGAAAUCCUCCUCCCACUUUACAAUGGAGUUUGGAUGGGUUAGCUGUCAAUCACUCAGAAGAGUUUGCAGUCAGUUAUGAGCAUCGAAAUGGUACAGGUGUGAGCCUCAUCACCAUGAGUCAAGCCCAAUGGAAGGAUCACUUCACUGUGCUUUGUCGCAGCUCAAACUCUCUGGGAUCUGCUUCUCAGCGAUUUAUUUUCUACAGCCUUCCAACAUCUGCAGAAAGUCAAGUGAUUUUGCCUAUCUUCAUCGCCACCAUUGUCGUCUUCCUAGUGCUAGUAUGUGCUCUACUCUUUGUUAUCAGGGCUCAGAGGACUCAACACAACCUGCUUAAGAGUCAGGGGUCAGGUAACGCCAGCACAGUUGCUAUGAACCAACAUCUACCAAGUGGAGAAGGAAAUGAGGAACCCAACAAAACAGAUGAGGGCAUUUAUGCUAACACCACUGAGCUGAAGAAACCAGGUGUCACCCAACCUGCAACUAUCUCUGAGCCAAUCAGCACCAACUUACAAAGCUCAAGCCGAAACAACACAGAAGAUGCCAGUACAAGUUCAGAGAAGAAAAACGAGGAAAGCAAAGAUGUGAUUUACACUAGUGUGACUUGGAGGAGCAAAGGCGAGAAGGAGGGAGGAAGCUCUGGGGACACAAAUCAGUCAGGUCGCUCCUAUCUGGAGGAGAAACGCUUGGAGGGAGGAUUGAACUUUGUGAGCAAUGCAGUAGAGAUGUUAAAUCUAUACGACGAAGUGAAGCCUAGAAAUAUGAAAAAGGACUCUGAAUGUGAAUAUGCCCAGGUUAAAUUUAGAGACUAGAGUGAGAUGCAGACAUAGAUUACAGUUCAGUCCGGACUGGGCCUGGGCGAUAAAACUAAAUGAUAAUUAUUGCGAUGUAAUUUUUGUCAAUAAAUAUGAAAAAUGUUCGAUAAAAGUUUGAUAGAUUUAAUCAUGUAAUUACACCACCAACCACUGGGAAGUGGGGAGCACUAAUGUUCCUUGAGCGCUACGUGCACUGUGCUUAUAAUGGUGAAAUAUUUCAUUAUAGUUUGUCAUGUUCUGAAUAAUUAAACCAUAAUUAACCAC